CCAAGAGCGGCAGAAAAGUUGUUUGAUACAAAGCACCAGCGUCCUGUGGAUUGGGCAUUGGAACAACAGAGACAUUUCACGCCCGGGUGUUCUCCAGCCAUCCACUUACACACCCACCCCUACGAACAUGAUGGCUCCCGACAAGUCCAAGAAGACGCUUUUCGACAGCGACGACGAACUCGAUGGGGGCGUCCAGCUGAAGGUCAACGAUGAAUAUGCAAGACGAUUCGAACACAACAAGAAGCGCGAGGAGCAACAUCGGCUGGAAGAGAAAUACCAGGGAAGACAGUCCCAAAAGACGGGUGGAAAGGAUAACGACGAUGACGACGACGAUGAAUCAGACUCUUCCGACGAUGAGACAGAAGAUGAGGAAGGCGUUCUAGCAACCGAAGAGCUAGAUGCCCAGCUCAAUGCUACGCUCCAAGCCAUCCGUAAUAAAGACCCGCGCAUCUAUGAUCCGAAUGCCCAGUUUUAUGCGCCCAUAGACGACGAAGCCGACGAUGACGAGCCUCCUAUGAAGAGUAAAAAGGAGAAGACCAUUACCCUUAAGGACUAUCAUCGAGAGAGAAUCAUGCGUGGCGACGCUGGUGUAGAGGACGAUGACGACGACAACCAGCCUGCCCGGACCUAUGCUCAGGAGCAAGACGACUUGAAGAAGACCAUCCGAGAUGAGAUCCAGGCACAGCUACGCGCAAACACUAGCGAUGCUGGUAGCGAUGACGAGGACGAAGGCUUCUUGAAAGCCAAAGAGGGCGCUAUGGCCAAGGCGACUGCUGAACUGAGCCAGAUUGGCAUGCAUCCAUCCCGAGCUGCCAAAGUGAAGCCUAAGAAAGUUUCACUGGAAGAGGCGGACAAGAACCCUGAACUUUACUUGUCUAACUUCAUGGAAUCUCGUGCUUGGAUUGAAGAGGACGCCGGGAGGUGGAAGGCCUUUGAGUCGGAUGAGGAGGACGAUGAAAAGGCCGAGAAAUGGGAGGCAGCAUACAACCUGCGAUUUGAAGAUCCGGAGAAAAGCAAUGAAAUCCUGAAGACCUACGCCAGAGAUGUGGCUGCUGCUAAGUCAGUCCGACGAGAGGAAAAGACGGGAAGGAAAAAGCAACGAGAGCUCGAGCGUGAAAGAAAGGAAGCAGAGAAACAGCAACGAAAGGAAGAACGCGCAAGGUUGCGCCGGCUGAAGAUUGAUGACGCGGAGCGUAAACUGAAGCAGAUCAAGAAAGUCGCUGGCCUCUCUGGCAAGACAAUCAAGGAUGAGGAAUGGAUCAAAUUCCUCGAUGACGCUUGGGACAACGACAAGUGGGAAGAGGAGAUGCGCAAGACUUUUGGCGACGAAUAUUAUGCCGAGCAGGGCGAUGUGGAGGUAUCUGAGGAUGAGGAUCAGGACGGAAAGAAGAAGAAAAAAGUUAAGAAGCCCAAGUUCAAGGAUGACAUCGACAUCAACGACAUUAUUCCGGGUUUCGAGGAAGAGGAAAAGCCCAAGGUUAGUCUAUCUGAGCUCGAGGCAGAUGCUGAGGAAGAUGAGGACGCAAAGGACGACGAAGAUGAGGACGGCCACUCUGCAAAACGCCAGAAGACGACGAAGGACCGCAGGAAAGAACGACUCGCCAGCCAGAAGGAAGUGAGACAAGUACGCUCCAAGAUCGAGGCUCUGGUCGACGCCAAACUGGACAUCGACGAGCCAGAUAUUCUGAAAGCAGCCAAGGCCAAGGACGGCCCCAAGUUUGCCUACAGGGAAACCUGGAAGGAGUCUUUUGGUCUAACGGCACAGGAUAUUCUCAUGGCCCCGUCCGAUGCCGCACUGAAUGAGUACGCCGGCCUGAAGAAACUUGCUCAUUUCCGACCCGACGACAAAAAGUCCAAGGACAAAAAGAGGCUUGGAAAGAAGGCCAGACUCCGACAAUGGCGCCGUGAGACAUUUGGUCCCGAGGCUGAGAGGGAAGGUCCGCAGUUUAUCUUCGGUGGUGCUCCGGAGGAGAAGGAGGAACCAAAGGUUGUAAGCAAUAUCAUCGAAGGGAAGAAGAAGAGGAAACGAUCUGGUCGCAAGGGGAAGAAAGUUGAUUCCGAAGAAUGAGCUGGGCAGAUAGCAGGAUAACGUCCAUUUCAAGGACGAACCGUCGGUACUAUUCUUCACCAUCGAUGGUCAGGCCCACCAUCAGUUGUACAUACUAAUGAUACUCGUUCUAUCAUGCUUGCC